AUGGCGCCUACUCGUCCUACUAGAUCUCGUACUGACAGCGCUUCUGGCGCAAACUCACCAACUGGUGAUAUUGAACUAAAGGUCGAAGAAUUUGUCAAACAAGUUGACUUGGUGCAAUUAAAUUUAUUAACUGCAGAUUUUAAACCUGUGGUGGCAACAAAAAGCGGGAAAAAUAAUCCCGUUAGCAGGCCGUCAAAUUGCUUCUUCCAAUUUAAAAGAGUUGUCUCUAUAUAUGCUACUCAAAACCUUAUUCCUGGUUACAAUGAUCAAAAUAUACUUUCAAAGGCCCAAUCUAAACUUUGGAAAUCGCUCUCUGAUGAUCAAAAGACUCCUUUUAUAAAACUUGCCAAGGAAGCUGUAAGAAUUCAUAAGGAAAUGUAUCCCGAUUAUGAAUUCCAUCCUCAUAGAGACAAAUCUGUUCUAAAAAUUAAAAUUAGUGGAAACAAUGGAGGCCAAUCUAGGAAGAAGAAAAAUCCGUCGGAUAAACCAGACAAAAAGAAUCUUAAUAUAUUUAACCAAGAUUCUAACAUUUUAAGUCCCGAAUCGAAUGGGGGGGAAUUCGAUUUCGUGGCAACUUUGGAGGAUUCAAAUGUCUACAAUAAUAAUAGCACCACCACCGCGUUUCCUAUCAUCGAUGAUUCUGACUCUUGUACACGUAUGGGGAGACAGAGUCAGAAUGAGAUGAUAGAAUUCCAGGACCCAACAUUCUAUUAUGUUGUGCAUAGUCCUGAUGGCUUAAACGCGGAUUUUCCACAUCAAUAUGUCACUUCUCCAAUCAGUCCUGUACCCUCUGAUUGUAUGUUUAAUAUAAUGUCGGAUUCUGAAUUUCCUUCUCCUUAUCCGUCACCUAAUUCACAAAUUGGAGAAAACACUUUUGAUUUUCAAACCGUGCCUAGCAUAGAGAUAGAACAUGAUAGUUUACAAGUUGUGCCUGGCAUGGAACAAGCGACAACUCCAUUAACUUGGCCAGUAACUGUCGCGGAAAACAACAAUGCUUUGAUGAUCAAUACAAUUAAUUGUUUAUCUAAUCCCAGUUCUCCAGCUUUAUCUUAUAAUAGUGAAAGCACCUUUAGUACAUCACCAAAUAUGGAGACCAUGGAUAAUCCUUUUAUGACCAAUUAUACAAAUACGCUCCAGCUCCCAUAUUGCACAGAUCUUCUCGCAGACCCUAAUUUCAUGGGAAUUGGACCAUUAUUCGAACAAAAUAAUUACUGA